AUGGAUGAAACUCCUAUCAACCCAGCCGCGGCGCCUGAAAACACUCAGUCCAUGUCUGGUCAAGAGAGCGGCCUGGAGGCUACUCGCGCUUCCAGCGCAUCUGAAGCGCAAUCGCGCCAAGAGUCGCCUGUUAAGAAAGCCGAAAAUGCUUCUGGAUCCGACAACCCUCUCGAUGCCCCUGCCUCUCCCAAACCCCAGAACGGCGAUGCCGAGCCGGAGGAUGAGGAGAUGGGCGGCACCGAGAUCGAUGCCAAGCGCGACACGGAAGGGUUGGAAGAUGCAGUAGGCGAGUCGCAGCCGCCGGGAGAAGGGACAGAAGGUCUGGAGGAUGCUGUGGGAGAGGAGCAGCCUGCGCCGACCAAGUCGUCGUUGGAAGCUUCCGCACGCGAGCAGCUCAUCACCCAGACACACGCCAUUAUCCUCCCCAGCUAUGCGACAUGGUUCGACAUGAACACCGUCAACUCGAUCGAGAAAAAGGCCCUUGCAGAGUUCUUCAAUGGCCGCAACCGCAGCAAGACGCCUGCUACGUACAAGGACUACCGUGAUUUCAUGAUCAACACUUACCGAUUGAAUCCGAUUGAAUAUCUGACCGUGACUGCUUGUCGUCGCAACCUGGCGGGUGAUGUGUGCGCGAUCAUGCGUAUCCAUUCGUUCCUCGAGCAAUGGGGCUUGAUCAAUUACCAGGUCGAUCCCCAAACCCGACCCUCAAACAUUGGCCCGCCAUUCACCGGCCACUUCCGUGUCGUUGCCGAUACCCCACGUGGCUUGCAGGCGUUCCAGCCGGGACCAGGCCACGGCGUCACCCCGGGCAAACAUCUUCCGGCCACCCAGCGCGCUGCGUCUUCCACACCCGCCUCCAAGGCUGACCUCAAUCUCGACCUCCGCCGUAACGUCUACGAUGAGAAAGGAAAGGAUAUCACCCCAGCUGAGGAUAAGGAAAAGCAGAGCAAUGGCGAAACGGUCAACGGAGUCGAGAAUGCCGCCCAGGAACGCAAGAAGAAGUCCCACUGCUUCUCUUGUGGCAUCGACUGCACGCGACUCCGAUUCCAUUACGCCAAGUCGACCUCAACAUCGGCCAACGCCAAUGCGCCAGACACAAAAUAUGACCUGUGCCCUAACUGCUUCCUCCAAGGUCGUAUGCCUUCAAGCCACAGCGCCUCCGACUUUGUCAAGCUCGAGGAUAAGAGCCACACUCACGUGCCGGACAAGGAUGCCCCGUGGUCAGACUCGGAGCUCCUACUCUUGUUGGAGGGCUUGGAGAACUUUGACGAUAAUUGGGAACAGAUUGCGAACCACGUCAGUACUCGGACCCGGGAAGAAUGCGUGAUGAAGUUCCUGCAUCUGGAGAUUGAGGAUCAGUACACGGACGAUAUCCCCGAUCUGCGCGCAGGAUCUGGGCGAGAUCCCAUCAGCCAGUCUGAGAACCCGGUCCUGUCUGUGGUGGCGUUCCUGGCACAGAUGGCCGAGCCCGCAGUGGCUGCUGCCGCGGCUGGCCGGUCGGUCGACGAGAUCCGCAAAGAGCUCCGUAGCCAGCUCGAGAAGGGACAAGACAAGGAUAAAGAGGGGGUCAAGGCGGAGGAUUCUAUGGAAGUGGAUUCUACCCGUGAGGCUGAACAACCAGCCCAAAAGCCCAAGGAGUCGCUGGGUACUGUGGCCUUGGCUACCUCUGCGGCGCGUGCCGGAGCGCUGGCCUCGCACGAGGAGCGGGAGAUGACCCGCCUGGUGGGGGCUGCAGUGAAUGUAACCCUGCAGAAGUUCGAGGUGAAGCUGCAGCAAUUCAACGAGAUGGAAGAGAUCAUCGAGGCUGAGCGCCGCGAACUCGAGCAGGCGCGCCAGCAGCUCUUCCUGGACCGCAUGGCCUUCAAGAGGCGUGUCAAGGAAGCCCAGGAUGCACUGCAGUCCGUUAGCCUGCAGGGCCCGAACGAGCACACCAACACGCUGCUCGGCGCGGCCAGCACUGCUGGCAUUGGCAACCACUACAGCUUCCAGCCUGCCGGGAGUGAACCGCGCGCGGGCGCCCAGCCUCUGAGUGCUGAGGUGGGUGCCGACUACAAGACGCUUGACCUGUAA